UGAAUGUGACCUGAAUGCGGGCGCCUGAUUUAAUAAUGGAAGGAGACGCAAAACUCAUUCAAAACAGGCGGAUGGAGAAUCUGAGCCUCUGAAACGCUUUCUCGCCUUGGCAGCCGCAGCCAAAACAACAAUCGGAGACCGCUGUUUCUCUUCGGUCAAUAUUUCUUUAUUUUUUAUUUUUUUAUCAAGUCCUGAGCCCAUACGACGACUUAAGGGGAAACAUGAUGUGCUCCGGCAUUCAUUUAUUUAUUUUAUGUUUAUUGAUUGAUUUAUUGGAAGAAAUGGAAAUGGACUGACAGCUAUUGCUUUGGGUUUCGGAGGUAUUGCUGACCUGUGGUCCGUGUGUUGACGCUGGACACGCUGGUCCUCCGACCUUUAAAAAAUCUCGUAUUUGUUUAUUUAUUUAUUUAUUUACUUGCAUGAAGCUUCAGUACACGCCUCUGCGCGCGGGCAAGUGAUCUCUUCUCACGUCCGUCGCUGGUGUGUGUAGGGUGGAGGGGGACCAGAGCGGAAUGGACGCGCUGGUCUAGCGGCGAAAGAUAAUACCUCAUGUUCCCUUUUUCGUCAGCGAAAUGAAUUUUACCUAAAUUACAAACCCGGGAAGCGGAGCGAACCACGUAUGGCUUACAUUUCGUGUCCUUUUUUGCAGUGAAUGUACAGAUUGCUUCCAUUGAUGAGCUGGGCGCCCACUCGAGCGCUGUAAUUUGUGGGCAAAAUAGACUAGCGGCGUCUUGCAGGAACUAUGGGAGUAGGAUCGUCUAUUUUUUCAUGAUUUCACCUGCAUUUUAGAAUGACUUUCUAGCAGAAUGCGGUGACAGGAUUUUCAGGCGAGCAUCGUUGCGCUGUUUCCGGGUUCUGGCUGGUGUUUCCCCCAUUGUAAACUAUUGGAAAAACAGCAGAUCCAGAUGGCAUGGACACUUGAGCAAGGUCUGCCGCUCUGCCGUGCUACUGGAGCCUAUUUACAGUCUCCUACUCUAACACCGCUCCAUCAUCAUCACCCGGCCGCCCCGAGAGCACUGCAGCAACGCGACCAGCGACCACAGAGCCAAGGCAGGCGGCAUGAGGCUUGAGUUAGUACAUUUCUCCAUGCUGGUCAUCGGGGUCUCCUUCGCCUGCUACUCCCCGAGUUUAAAUUCCCUGCAGGACCAAGCUUACAAAUCAGCGGUGGUUAUUGAAGGCAAGGUGCAGUCCGUGCCCGCGAACGUCACCGUAGAGCCGUACAGUGUGAAUGUCAAAGUCCUGGACGUGUGGCCGCGGAACAGUGGGGGGCUAGCGCGAGAACAGCUCGUCACCGUCGGGGAGUUCGGCUUGGAGGCUCCAUGCACCAAAGUGAAAAAGAACCACAAAUACAUAUUUUUCAUGGACCCAACCGACGAGCCCUUGGUUUUCAAGGCAUCGUUCGCUCCCCUAGACACCAGUGGGAAGAAUCUAAAGAAAGAUGUUGGGAGAAUCUUAUGCGAAGACUGCGCCUCUGCACCGAAGCUGAAAAGACUAAAGAGCCAGCUGGUGGACGAGGGGAGCAGGCUGACAGUGAAGUGUGAGGCCUCUGGAAACCCGCCCCCGUCCUACAGGUGGUACAAAGAUGGCAGCGAGCUCAAGAAGAGCAAGCAGAUCAAAAUAAAGUCCGGCACGAAAAACUCCAGGGUACAGAUCAAUAGAGCCCGACUGGAGGAUGCUGGGAAUUACACAUGCGUAGCAGAGAACUUACUGGGGAAAGAGAACUCCACAGGCACCAUCAAUGUCCAAAGCAUAACCACCACACUGUCUCCCGGCUCUGGCCACGCCCGAAGAUGCAACGAGACGGAGAAGACCUACUGUGUGAAUGGCGGCGACUGUUACUUCAUACACGGUAUAAAUCAGCUGUCCUGCAAGUGUCCCAUUGAUUUUACUGGUGAUCGCUGUCAAACCUACGUUAUGGCUAUCAAAUCCUACCCCUACCCGCAUCUUGGGAUUGGAUUCAUGGAGGCGGAGGAGCUCUACCAGAAGAGAGUUCUGACAGUGACGGGCAUCUGCGUGGCACUGCUGGUGGUGGGCAUCGUGUGCGUGGUCGCCUACUGCAAAACCAAGAAGCAGAGGAAAAAAAUGCACAGUCACCUGCGACAGAACAUGUGUGCUGACCAUCCCACUCGAACCCUGGCUAACGGACCCAACCAUCCUGGACCGGGCCCAGAAGAGAUCCCUAUGGUAGAUUACAUCUCGAAGAACGUACCGGCCACCGAGCGGGUAAUUCGGCACGCGGCAGAGACCUCCUUCCCCGGCAGCCGAGCAAACUCCAGGUCCCACCACUCGUCCACCCCUGCUCACUCGUCCAAUCACAGACAGGAAGGGCGCACGUGGAGCCUGGACCGGACGGGCAGCGCGCUGUCGGAGGCGCGCUCGGGCGUGAUGACGUCAUCGUCGGUGGGCACCAGUAAAUGCAGCAGCCCCGCCUGCAUGGAGGCCUGGGCCCGCCGGUCGGCGCGCUGCGGCGUCACCGAGCCCCACCGGCCCGCCCCGCAGUACGGCGACUCCUUCGACUCCCUGUGGGACUCCCCGUCCAGCGAGAGGUACGUGUCGGCGCUGACCACGCCCGCCCGCCUCUCGCCCGUGGACCUCCUCUACUCACUGCCCCCACAGGUGCCUACCUUCCAGAUCACGUCUCCCAACGCCAGCCACGCCCUGUCCCUCCCGCCCGCCACCCGCUCCUCCUACCACCUGGAGGACGACCAGCCGCUGCUCCGCCGCUACCAGGUGCCCCUGCACGACGUCCAGCGGGCCGACCCGUACCGCCAGACGCGCCGCACCUACCUGAACGACAGCACCGGCAGCCUGCCGUCCAGCCCCUACCGGCUGGCCGACGAGGAGGACUACGAGACCACCCAGGAGUACCUCUCCUCGCUGGAGCAACCAAAGAGAAGCGCUUCCGGCGGCGGCGGCGGCGGCAAGCGCUGGAGGAGGUCCCGGCUGAACGGGCACGCGUCGGCCCGCGGCGAGGCGGGGCGGGACUACGGCCCGCGGGGCUACUUCCUGUCGGACAGCGAGUCGGAGGAAGAGGAGCAGGGCGAGAGCACGCCCUUCCUCAGCAUGCAGAACAUGAACGCCGAGCCCGUCACCGUCUACAGAGCGGCGGACAGCCGGACUUCGCACGCGUCGGGGGGGCGGCACGGCGCGCGUGGGAACACGCAGGCCAGAGCGGCGCACGCUCGGUCCAAACAGGACCCCGCACCCCGCUGAAAACAAACAAAAACACUGACUCUACCCAACAAAAAACAUAUACUAAAGACCUGCACCUAUAAGAAAUAUUUUUAUUUUAUAUAACAAGACAGAUAUUCUAAACAAAUGAAAUAUUUAUUUUCCUUUUAGCAAAAGUUGUCUACUAGCUAACAGCAAAGACUUUUUUUUAUAGGUAAACUAUUUAUAUGUACAUUUUGAUUUACAGCAUAAAAAGAAAAAAAAAGACGUGCCAAUUUUUUCACAACUUAAAAAAAUAGAAUAAUAUUGUGGUGCCUUUUGCUGUAUGCCGAUGCCAGAGACCCAGCUGAGUGUUUUCUAGCCUUUCUUAUACGGACUCCUCAUUUUUAUACACCUUUUACUUCUCUUUCCUCCUUUUUUCUUUUUCUUUUUUUUCAGCGUGGUUCUGCGGGAUAUCCCCCCUCCCCCCAUUCCCCCAUGUGACAUUCUGUGCUCCUCAUGCAAUAUGAACCACUUCCGCAUAAGCUCUACGUUUACAUGGAUGCGCUUAUCAUUUUUACUUUUUUUUGGUUGAAAAAACAGGAAAUUAACAAAUGCAAUGGGAAGCCUGCUUUCCCCUGUCCCGGGGAGAGAGGGCUGUGUGCUGAAUGUGAGUCACGCCCGACUGGUUUUGUUUGGUUACCCGCUGCUGUGGAGAGGUGUGGCACGCAGUGCGGACGGUGUGAAAUGGGGGGUCUGUCUUAGUGUCACCGGGCGAGGAGGGGUUCUGCCUUGCCAGUGCCACGGCACUGUAGUCGCAGUCUGAGUUCGAAAGUCCAGGUUCAGAAAGUAAAAGUCCUCCCCAGAAUUUUGUUCCAGUCACCUGGAUUUGGUCAUUAGCACAGUUCCUCAGCCAGGAGGUUGAGCUGAUUAGUGAAAUCAGCUGGCUGAGUUCAUGGGUGGAAGAAACACAAGACAGGACUCUUACUUUUGCAACCCCUGAACUUUCUAGCUCUGGUUGCGGUGGGAUGUGGGGUGUUUUGUCUGUGAGUGCAUUCUUCUGAAAUGGGGCCGCUUAUCUGGGGUAGAGAAUGCCUGGUCUGAACCAACCCAAAACCCUUUCACCGUAAACCUGCACCCCUCAUCCCACACCGCUCACCACACCCUACGCCCCAUAGCUCGCAGUAAAUCCCCCAUCCCAAACCCCACACCCCUACACUAUACACACCACACUCCACACCCGCACGCCCACGCCCUGUAUCCCUCAUUCCUUGCUCAGACCCUACCCCUCACCCCACAUCAGGCAACCCCCCCCCCCAGCUAUGACCAAGAGCCCCCAGUGUCUCAGGACCUUCACACACCCCAAUGCUGCUUCACUUCCACGCACCUACCCCUUUGUCUCAUCAGCUCCUCAUGGAUCAACAUAUCAUGUCAUAUUACAGUUAUUCUUGUGUCAUAUCACAUCUGUUUUUUCUGUUACAUCACAUUACAUCUAUUCCUCUGUUAUUUCACAUCCAUAUUUAUAUCACAUCUGUCUCUCUCAUCCCUUAUGGAACUGGAAUAUAUUGUAAAUAUACUGGAAUAAAUAUAUUAUCAAUAUGUCGCAACACUUCCGUAAUAUAUUGACAAAUAUACAAAUCAUGGCUUCUUUAAGAUAUAGUGAUGUAUUACACUUCUGUGUGAUAUAUAUUUAUCAUUAGAUUUUCUACAUAGGCCCACAUAUUUAUAAUGUAUUGCAGUAUAUUGCUUUUACAUAUGGGAUAUGAAAUAUAUUCCUCAAUAAAAUCACAUCACAUCCAUUCCUCUAUCUCAUCUAUUCCUUUGUCACUUCACAUCCAUUCCCCUCCGUCUAUCACACAUCACAUCCCCUACCCUUUUGUGUCUUGUGUCACAUCUCUUCCUGUCCCAGAUUCAUGCCUCUUCCGUGCACACAAUAAAUACCUGUGAAACUCCAGAAAGAUCAUAAAAUGGCAAAAUAUGCAAACUUUGUAUUUAGAUCUGUUAGGUCUGUUAGAUGACAUUGUUUUCUAUGAGGUGUGAUGACGAUAGUCCAUUGUGUGGAGACUCUUAGGAAACGUCUUCAGUGUGCUUGAGUUUGUGUGCAAACAUCAGUUAACAAGACAACAUAAAUCUUCCAUCGCUGCAGAAUAUAUCAGCUAUUAUUAUUAUUAUUAUUAUUAUUAUUAUUAUUAUUAUUAUAUUGUCACCAUCACAGGAAACAACAUCUUGCUAAAUCCUUGGUACAGUACAUUUAUCUUUACUGUAAUUAUGCCUUUUCUGCCAACUUACGAUACUUUCCUCUCACUUUUAUCGAUACCAAAAGCAUUUUCUGACCUCUGCCCAUAGGCCAACUGAUUAUCUUCACUGAUUGCUGAUUGGCUAUCCUGUGUUUCACAGGCUCUGAUCAGCUGACAACAGACACAUAAUCACAGGACCAUAUUUCUGUAUUUAUUUGGUUAUUUUCAGUGCAGAUCACUCCUUUUUGCAUGUUGCUACUUUCUUUCAUGUUUGGAGACUUUUUCCCCCUAAAUAUUGACCAAUAAUGUUUUGUAUUGAUCCUUUCCACAGUACUUAGCAGUGAGAAGUGGAUCAGAACAUGUCCCUCACAAAGUUAUAGAAAUUAGAUUAGUUUCAGCUCGAUAAAAAAAACACAGAAGUAAACAAACAACACUAAUUAUGAACCACAUUCCAUAAACAAUUUUCAGUAAAACUGGCCUGUCCUAAACUGAAUCAAUGAUUUCUCAAGAGAAAAAUCUAACCUGUUUGAAGUAUAUGAAUGAGUACCUGUUCUUUUCUUGAAGACACAGUGGUAAAACUAUAUUUAAUAAACUGGGAGGUUAUUUUCUUUCACUUGAACUGAUUUCAUUUUUUUUCUUUCCUGGGUCUUAUUCUGUAUAUUUGGAGUAUGCAAAUGAAGACACUGCUUAAUAAUUAGUUUAAGUGUGAUCCCCCACCCCCGUUAGAAUCCUAUCUGCCAGGCGGUUUCCUUCUACUACCUUUUUAUUUCUCUUGCUUGAAUUUGGGAGCAUCUCCCUUUUGCAUGCCCCUGUGGUCCAGAUAGACGGGUGCAUGGUAAAAAAGCAGUGACUGAAAAGUUUUCCAGUGAAAGUGUAUUUCAUUUUUACAUUCAGCAAUAAAUCCCUUUUUUCCAUAUCCAUACUUGGAAUAUGAAAGAUUUUUUUUCUCUUUUUUUUGCGAGAUUGUCAUAGAUGUAAAAUAAAAUGGAAAAAAGAAAAGAAAAUCAAACCACCUGUUCAUAUGAAAAAAAUAAAUCUCUAUUCAUACCA